AUGCCUCCGAGAGCCAAGAAGACUACUGGACCGACAGUGGCCACUGCGCCCAAAGCACCACCCAAGAAGAAGGCCACGACGGCACCAGUGAAGGAGCCAGCGCAAGAUGAUGGACCACCAGCAUCCACGACCGCUGCUGCUGCGGCACCGACCGCGAAAGCUGCUUCCAGUCAUGCUAGUAGUCGUCCCGCGAAGAAAUCUGCCAGCGGGCACGACAUCGAUGCGUUGCUGCGGCCAUUCUACUACAACAAGUCCUUGACCGACCCCAUCAACACCGCUCGCGACAAAUGGAACCUUCUACCGGCCUUUUUGCAAGUCAAAGGACUCAUCAAGCAACACACAGACUCCUUCGAUUAUUUCAUCGACGUGGAGAUGAAAAAGAUUGUCCAGGCAAACUCCAUGAUCCACUCCCAAGUCAAGGCCGAAAAAUGGAUCAGGUUCACCGACAUCCGCAUUGGCAAGCCCUCGCGUAUUGAGGAUGCCCGUGCCGGCUACGUGCAGACGGAAGUCACGCCUAACGAGUGCCGAUUGCGAGACAUGACUUACUCGGCCCCAAUAUACGUGGAUUUUGUGUAUCCAAGGCAAUCGGGAAACGUCAGGAAAACCGACGUUCUUAUCGGACGUGUGCCUAUGAUGCUCCGGAGUUCGAAAUGUGUGCUGCAUGGCCGCUCAGAGUCAGAAAUGUCCUUUUUGAACGAAUGCGCCGUGGAUCCCGGAGGCUACUUUAUCGUUCGUGGCCAAGAGAAGGUUAUUCUCGUUCAAGAGCAACUGAGCAAGAACCGUGUCAUUGUGGAAUCUUUCAAGGGCGUCAUUCAGGCUUCGGUCACUAGCCAUACGGCCAACAUCAAGACGAAGACCUAUGUGCUGGUCAAAAAGGGUCAUCUUUACCUCAAGCACAACUCUCUGGUCGAGGACGUCCCGGUCGCGAUCAUUAUGCGCGCCAUGGGAGUGCAGUCCGAUCACGAGAUUCUACUACUGGCCGCUGGAAACGAUGCUCAGUACCAGGACGAGUUUGCCCCCAAUCUCGAGUUGGCAGCGCUGGAAGGUGUCUUCACUCAAGAACAGGCCCUUGAUUUCAUUGCCGCUCGGCUCAAGCCCGAUAGAUUCAUUAACAAGCACAAGGAGUUCAAGACACCCAAGCAGCAGGCGCUGGAGAAGCUUGCAGGUACCAUCAUUCCGCAUGUCGAAGUAGAGGGCCUCAACUUCCGCCCGAAAGCGCUCUACAUUGCGCACAUGACAAGACGAGUGCUCAUGGCCAUCAACGAUCCCAAAUUGGUCGACGAUCGCGACUACGUGGGCAAUAAGCGUCUGGAGCUGGCCGGGCAAAUGUUAUCCUUGCUGUUUGAAGACCUGUUCAAGGAUUCUAUUCGACAGAUUCAGAUGACGAUGGACAAGAUGCUUCAAAAGCACAAUCCCACGUCCGAGUUCGAUCCUGUCCGUAUUGUGGAGCAAAUUGAGUCUCGAAUCACCAGUGGCAUGGAGCGUGCAAUAUCAACCGGUAAUUGGACACUAAAGCGUUUCCGUAUGGAUCGCGCUGGCGUGACGCAUGUACUCAGCAGACUGAGUUACAUCAGCGCUCUCGGCAUGAUGACUCGAAUCUCUUCACAAUUCGAGAAAACUAGAAAGGUUUCUGGACCUCGUGCUCUACAGCCAUCCCAGUUCGGCAUGUUAUGCACAUCAGAUACGCCGGAAGGAGAAGCAUGCGGUCUUGUCAAGAACCUGGCGCUCAUGACACACAUUACUACUGCCGACGACGAAGGCCCAGUACGGAAAAUGAUGUACGUGCUGGGAGCUGAGGAUGUUACUUCAGCAUCUGGCACGGAGAUAUACGGUGCUGGUGCAUACAUCAUCUUCAUCAAUGGUACGCCAGCGGCACUGACCAGGCAGCCCAAGCAAUUUCUGCUUGGAUUCCGAAAAUUCCGACGCAUGGGCAGAAUCUCCGAGUUCGUCAGCAUCUUCAUCAACCAUCACCAUAAUGGUGUGCACAUUGCCACUGAUGAAGGUCGCGUUUGUCGGCCGAUGAUAGUCGUGGAGAAAGCCAAAUCCAAGGUGACAGCACGCUUUCUUGAAUCACUGCGAAAAGGAACAAUGACCUUCGACGAUGCCCUGUCCCGCGGUAUUGUUGAAUAUCUCGACGUCAAUGAGGAGAAUGACUCGAAUAUAGCAGUCUACGAGAAAGACAUCAACGAUAGUCACACACAUCUGGAAAUUGAGCCUUUUACUAUAUUAGGUGCAGUCGCCGGCUUGAUCCCAUAUCCUCACCACAACCAGUCGCCUCGUAACACAUAUCAGUGCGCCAUGGGUAAGCAAGCCAUCGGCGCUAUUGCUUACAACCAGUUUACUCGCAUCGACACGCUGUUGUACCUCAUGGUAUAUCCACAGAAGCCCAUGGUCACGACGCGGACCAUCGAGUUGGUUAAAUAUGACAAGCUGCCUGCUGGACAGAACGCCGUCGUUGCAGUCAUGUCAUACUCCGGGUACGAUAUCGAGGAUGCUCUCGUUCUCAACAAGGCGUCCUGCGACCGCGGCUUUGGCCGCUGCCAGGUCUUUAAGAAAGUUAGCAUGCCACUGAAGAGCUACCAAAACGGCUACACCGAUCGUCUGGCCGACCGUGAUCCGAAUAAUGCUCGACAUCGCAAGAUUGGCAAAGACGGUUUGGUCGAAGUCGGAUCCGAACUCGAUAACGGCGACACGUACAUGCUCAAAGAAGCACCCAUUAAUCAAGUUCAAACCAUCCCCAAUAGUCAGCAGCGCUGGUCUCCAGCACAUAUGUCCUAUAAAACACCCGAUCCUUGCUACGCCGACAAAGUCGUCAUCACCGCCAACGACCGCAACGACACCAUCCUCAAAAUCCAAACCCGUCAAACGCGGCGCCCAGAAAUCGGCGACAAAUUCUCUUCGCGCCACGGCCAAAAGGGUGUCGUCGGUCUCCUCGCCGAACAAGCAGACAUGCCCUUUUCGGAUCAAGGCGUCGUACCCGACAUCAUCAUGAACCCCCACGGUUUUCCCUCCCGCAUGACAGUCGGCAAAAUGCUCGAGCUCGUCUCUGGAAAAGCAGGCGUGCUCGCAGGGAAACAAGAAUACGGAACCGCCUUUGGCGGCAGCAAAGUCGAAGACAUGGGCGCAGUCCUCAUCAAACACGGCUUCUCCUAUUCCGGAAAAGACUGUCUCACAUCCGGCAUCACCGGCGAGAGUCUCCCAUUUUACGUCUUCUUCGGCCCCAUCUACUACCAAAAACUCAAACACAUGGUCCAAGACAAAAUGCACGCUCGAGCAACAGGACCUCGCGCCAUCCUCACCCGUCAACCCACCGAAGGUCGAUCCCGACAAGGUGGACUUCGCCUGGGAGAAAUGGAACGUGAUUGUUUGAUUGCCUACGGAGCCAGUCAAUUGCUCCUCGAGAGACUCAUGAUUUCCUCGGACGCGCACGACGUGGACGUCUGCCAAACGUGUGGCAUGAUGGGUUACAACAAUUGGUGUCAGAGCUGCUCGAGUAGUCGAUCCGUCGUGAGGAUGACGAUGCCAUAUGCUGCGAAAUUGCUCAUUCAGGAAUUGAUGAGUAUGAAUGUCAAAGCGAGCUUGCAGCUUGCUGAUGAAUUCCCGAGAGAGGAGUAA